UGACAACAUCACCUCUGGCCCGUGCAAACGAUACUCAACCCUAGCAGCUCCUCACUCGAGCCUAGUCAGCCACCUCCUCCUUCUCUCAAGCUAGAAAACUAUCCCUCUUCCUUUCUCAAAACCAACCUCAACCUCACACCUGCCCAUCCACCAUACACAUUGAGAUAAAAGAAACCGACCACUAGCAGCAAUGUCAACCUUCCAGAUCCACUACUUCGCCUCGGCCACCAGCUACACCGGCAAGCAGACAGAGCGUCUGCCCGCCCCCUUACCCCUCGACCAAUUAUUCCCACUUCUGGAGGCGCGGUACCCCGGCAUCACGGCGGCGGUCCUCCGCAGCUGCGGUGUCAGCGUGCGCGAGGAGUACGUCGACGUUGAUGGCGAGGAUGCCCGGACGGUGGUCAUUGGGACUGGUGAUGAGGUCGCGGUCAUUCCGCCGGUUAGUUCGGGGUGAACCUUCGGAUUAUCUUGGUGGCAGUAUAUAUGAUGCGGGGGGUGGGGAGUAGUAGCAGGAGUAUUAAGGAUGAAAAGAAAGAAAGAAUUUGACAAGCAGAAUCCAAAGUACAUGACUGGAAGGACCACUGGACAAAAGAAAGACAAAAGGGAAGGGCAGGAGGGACAUCCAAACGAGAAACCUGAGAACACAAAUGAGAACAUAGGGAGAGAGAGG